GCGGCGGCGGCCGACGGCGGCUGAGCUGUGCUGCGCGGCGCGGCGCGGCACGGCACGGUGGGAGUGUCUCCGGCUGGUCUGCAGGGAGAACACCGACUGAGACCUCAAACCCUGGCUCCAGUGUCAUGGAAUCCGUCACCUUUGAGGAUGUGGCCGUGGAGUUCAUCCAGGAGUGGGCAUUGCUGGACAGCGCACGGAGGAGCCUGUGCAAAUACAGGAUGCUUGACCAGUGCAGGACCCUGGCCUCCAGGGGAACUCCACCAUGCAAACCCAGUUGUGUCUCCCAGCUGGGGCAAAGAGCAGAGCCAAAGGCAACAGAACGAGGGAUUCUCCAUGCCACAGGUGUUGCCUGGGAAUCUCAACUUAAACCCAAAGAGUUGCCUUCUAUGCAGGAUCUUUUGGAAGAAGCAUCCUCCAGGGACAUGCAAAUGGUAAGAUGCACGGGGUUUUCCCCGGCUCCCAGCAUGGGAGAAGUUGAGGAACACGUGAGGUGGAAAUACAGGACCAGAGCCAGGGAGAUGUUAGCAGCAUGGGUGUCUCUUGGAAGGGAAACAGUGUCUGAGGAGAGUGCCUGUGACUUCUGAAUUUGGGCAAACCCUGACUGUUGCUCAAGACUUUUUUUUUUUUUGAGACAGAGUCUUGCUCUGUCACCCAGGCUGGAGUGCAGUGGCAUGAUCUCGGCUCAUUUCAGCCUCCACCUCCCAGGAUCGAGUGAUUUUCCUGCUUCAGCCUCCCGAGUAGUUGGGACUGCAGGCGUGCACCACCACGUCUGGCUAAUUUUUGUAUUUUUUGGUAGAGACAGGGUUUCACUGUGUUGGCCAGGCUCGUCUCGAACUCCUGGCCUCAAGUGAUCUGCCUGCCUCAAGAUUCUUUUUUUCUAGAAGGUUUCCUGAAGGAAACAUUUUAAUAAAUGUGAGUCAGACAUUGAGUGUGCGAAAUACGACUUCCUCCUCAGCAACUGUCAGAAAAACCCCUCCUAGUAGAGAAGCCCCAUUGUGAAUAGGAGGCAGCCCUGUGGUAGAGCUGGCAACACACUCAACUUGACGAACUCCAGCUGUCUAAACAAGGCAUGGCUUGAAAAUGCUGAGAAUAUGCUCCCGGUGGGGAGGACCCCUGGGCACUGGCACAGAUAUUGGCGAGCUUUCCACCAUCACUCACCUCUUUUUUUGUUUUUUAAAAGACAGGGUCUUGCUCUGCCACACAGGCUGGAAUGCAGCGGCAUGUUCAUGGCUCACUGCAGCCUCAAACUCCUGGGCUCAAGCGAUCCUUCUACCUUAGCCUCCCGAGUACCUGGGACCACAGGCCUGAGUCACCAUGCCCAGCUAAUUUUUUUCUUUUUCUUUCUUUUUUUUUUUCUUAGAGAUGGGGUCUUGCUAUGUUGCCCAGGAUGAUCUCGAACUCCUGGCCUCAUGCGUUCCUCCCACCUCAGCCACCCAAGUAGCUGGGACUACAGGUGUGAGCCAGUGGGCCCAGCCAUUACUCACCUCUUGUCAGGAGCAAGCUCCACCUGGAGAAAAGGCUCCUGAUGAGUUGAAAGGAGGCAGGAAAUGUUUCUGGAGGAGCUGUAACCUGGAUGUGGGUGAGAGAACUGGCAAGACAGAGGCCACUUUGAUUGGAAAGAAUGUGGGAAAGUUGUUGGGCAUCCUUUUCUUCUUAGGAGACCAGUCUAGAUCCCACACUGGAAGGAAGCCCUUUUCAGUGUGGAAAAAGCCUUCCAUACGAGCUUGUACAUUAAUAGUACAGGAGAAAAUAUGCACGGAGUCCCCACCAUCCCCCCUUUGGCCCUGAAUUUCCUCCGCCUCAAACAAGAGGACCUUCCAAAGUUUGAGUUCCCAUUCCUGAGUAUUGGUGAAAGUUAGAGUUAGGGUUUGGUUAGAAGGAGGCACAGAGCUCAGCCUCACCCCCAAGUGGGGCGUAUUAGUCCCAGGGUCAGUGAGAACCCCGGGAUCCCUCAGUCAGUGCCCCUUCCCCUGUGUCAUGGAUGGGUGUCAGCAUCAGAGCGUCAGGGAUGCCCCACACAGUGGAUGGGGUGCAGUGGCCUCGGUUUUAGAGACCCACAUUCAACUUCUUUGCCAGGGAAGCUUCUGGAACACAGAGAAGCCUCAACCCUGUGCAGCUUGGUGUGGGCUGCAGAUCAGCCAAAACUCACAACCUGCCUGGCUGCAACAGACCCCUGGGCAGCUGACAGCCCUCCUCACUCCCCAGGCCCUCCUCGUCCUUGGUUUACACUCUUGUUUUGGUGGAGAACACCCUCCAGUAGCUCCUUGGGAUCAGAUGCUUGGGUUUUGAGACCUUGAGUUCUGAGAAUGUCUUAUCAGGGCUGCUGGAUUGCAGGUUCCUCAUCCGAUGUGGUGGUUGCGGUAAGCCUCAUUACAGAACAUCCUUUUUUCUUUCUUUUCUUUUUAAAUAGAUAUGGGGUCUUGUUCUGUCACCUAGGCAGGAGUGCACUGGCACGAUCAUAGCUCCCUGUAGCUUUGAACUUAAUAUCUCAAGUGCUCUUCCUGCCUCAGCCUCCUCCCGAGUAGCUGGGACUACAGGCACGCACCACUACACCUGGCUGAUUUUAAAAAAUUGUUUUGGAGACGAAGUCUCGCUGUGUUGUGCAGGCUGCCAUUGCAGGGCAUUCUGUGUGUCAUGUAGCCCCCAGUGCUUGUUGAAUGAAGGAAUGAAUGGAUAAGGUGUUGCAGAAGGCAUCUCCAGGCCCCAUCCUCCACCUCCAUGUCUCUCUUGCUCAGCAGGUGGACCCCAUGUGAAGAAAGGAGAGAGGGAGGGAGAAUGAGCAAUGAGGGCCCGGUGCCCUCUUUGUUUCUGUGGGCUCUCUCCUUUCAGUACAGGGCUCCAGUGCCCUCCACAGAACUCCACACCCAGCCCAGCAAGCCCCUCCAUAAUGGGUGCUGAGAGUGGCAGGCAUGGGGCUCUUGUUACAUCAGAGCCCCAGGAAACAGGCGGUCACAGACUAUUCUGAGUGGGCAGAGGAGGUCCACCUAUGGACACAUGUUUAGAGAAGCUGAGCAGUUCAUCCCUGAAGACAUCCAGCCCGGGCCGGGGCUGUUCCUGAGGAUGCAGCUGGUGCCCUCCAUAGAAGAGAGGGAGACACCAUUGAUUCGAGAGGACCGGCCAGCUCUCCAGGAGCCGCCUUGGUCUCCGGGAUGCACGGGACUGAAGGCCGCUGUGCAGAUUCAGAGGGUGGUGAUACCAGUGCCUACACUGGGCCACCGCAACCCAUGGGUGGCCAGGGAUUCUGCUGUGCCUGCACGUGACCCUGCCUGGCUUCAGGAGGACAAAGUGGAGGAAGAAGCUAUGGCUCCUGGGCUGCCAACCGCCUGUUCACAGGAACCAGUCACCUUUGCAGAUGUGGCUGUGGUGUUCACCCCAGAAGAAUGGGUGUUUCUGGACUCUACUCAGAGGAGCCUGUAUAGAGAUGUGAUGCUGGAGAACUACAGGAACCUGGCCUCUGUGGCUGAUCAACUGUGCAAACCCAAUGCGUUGUCUUAUUUGGAAGAAAGAGGAGAGCAGUGGACCACUGACAGGGGCGUCCUCUCAGACACCUGUGCAGAACCUCAAUGUCAACCCCAAGAGGCAAUUCCUAGCCAAGAUACUUUUACAGAGAUCCUGUCCAUUGAUGUGAAAGGGGAGCAACCUCAGCCUGGAGAAAAACUCUAUAAAUAUAAUGAACUUGAGAAACCUUUUAACAGCAUCGAACCACUUUUCCAGUACCAGAGAAUUCAUGCUGGAGAGGCGUCCUAUGAAUGUCAAGAGAUUAGAAAUUCCUUCUUCCAGAGUGCCCACCUAAUUGUGCCCGAGAAAAUCCGUAGUGGGGAUAAAUCCUAUGCAUGUAACAAAUGUGAAAAAUCCUUCAGAUACAGCUCUGACCUUAUCAGGCACGAGAAGACUCAUACUGCAGAGAAGUGCUUUGACUGUCAAGAAUGUGGGCAAGCCUUCAAAUAUUCCUCAAAUCUCCGGCGACACAUGAGAACCCAUACCGGAGAGAAGCCAUUUGAAUGUAGUCAGUGUGGGAAAACCUUCACGAGGAACUUUAACCUGAUUUUGCACCAGAGAAACCACACAGGAGAGAAGCCCUAUGAGUGUAAAGAUUGUGGGAAAGCCUUCAAUCAGCCAUCAUCCCUCAGGAGCCACGUGAGAACUCACACUGGAGAGAAGCCCUUUGAAUGCAGCCAGUGUGGGAAGGCCUUCAGGGAACACUCUUCACUGAAGACACAUCUGCGAACCCAUACCAGAGAGAAACCAUAUGAAUGCAACCAGUGUGGCAAGCCCUUCCGGACGAGCACUCAUCUGAAUGUGCACAAGAGGAUACACACAGGGGAGAAACUGUAUGAGUGCGGGACUUGUGGUCAGGUCUUGAGUCGUCUUUCAACCCUGAAGAGUCACAUGCGAACUCACACUGGAGAGAAGCCCUAUGUGUGCCAGGAAUGUGGGCGAGCCUUCAGUGAGCCCUCAUCCCUCAGGAAACAUGCAAGGACUCACAGUGGCAAGAAGCCCUAUGCAUGCCAGGAAUGCGGGCGAGCCUUUGGUCAGUCUUCACAUCUUAUUGUACAUGUGAGAACACACAGUGCUGGGAGACCCUAUCAAUGUAAUCAGUGUGAGAAAGCCUUCAGGCACAGCUCCUCACUCACUGUACACAAAAGAACCCAUGUGGGAAGAGAGAACAUUAGGAAUGGCAGCCUGCCUUUAUCCAUGUCUCAUCCAUACUGUGGGCCCCUUGCUAAUUAACUUCCAUUUUGUAAAAAUAUAAACACAUGGGGCUAUGACUUUCCCUCGUAAUACUCCUUUAGCUGCAUCCUGUGUUUCAAUGUAUAAUAUUUUCAUUUUGGUUUAAUUGUAAGUAUUGUCUUAACCUCCAUUAUCGUUUAUUCUUUGACCCAUCUAUUAUUUGGAAUUAGAUUUUUCAAAACUAAUAUGUGGAUAUAUUUUCAUAGAGGUAUAAUGACUUAUAGUGAAAUGCAUACAUCUGAAGUGUACAGUUGGAUGAGUUUGACAGACGCAUACAUGCAUGUAACCACCACCCCAUUCCAGAUAUAGAAUGUUUCUAUCUCUCUGGAAGGUUCCUGCAUGUUAUAUGGCUAUUUCUUAGUUGCCUUUUUGUUGUUGGUUUCUAAUUUAAUUACAUGGUGAGAAGAGUAUGUGGCCUCUUUGUUACUGAGUCAUAGGUAUUUGCUGAGAUUUGCUAUUAGGUCUGGUGUGGCUUAUUCUUCUAGCUGCCAACCCAAAUUGCCCCUUCCUCCUUAGAAAAGAACCUGGGUUUUCUGUUCAGAUUGGCAGUAUGCACUAUUAAAAAGCUUCCAUCUCCCGGCUGGGCACGGUGGCUCAUGCCUCUAAUCCCAGCACUUUGGGAGGCUGAGGCUGGGGGAUCACCUGAGGUCAGGAGUUCGAGAUCAGCCUGGCCAACAUGGUGAAAUCCCCUCUCUACUAAAAAUACAAAAAUUAGCCAGGUUUGGUGGCAUGCACCUGUAAUCCCAGCUACUUGGGAGGCUGAGGCAGGAGAAUUGUUUGAACCCAGGAGGCAGAGGUUGCAGUGAGCUGAGAUUGCGCCACUGCACUCCAGCCUGGGCAACAGAGUGAAACUCUGUCUCAAAAAUAAUAAUAAUAAUAAAAAGCUUCCAUCUCCCAGCCCUUCUUGCAAGCAAGGGCAGGCCAUUUCCUCCGGUCCUGGCUAGUAUGAAUAUGAGAAGUCACUGGAUGUGACUCUGGGGAAGAUGUUGUGUUCAGGGAUGGUUUCAUGUAGCCACAUCUCUCCACUUCUUGCCUUUUGGACAAGUAGACAUGAUUUCUAGAGCUAGAGGAGCCCUCCUGUGACCAUAAGGGUAAAAGCCGCAAGCUAAGAAGAGGGUGGCCGGAAGUCAUAACCAUCUUGCUUCUGUAAUCUAAAAAAUAUUUAGGAUAGAUUUAAUAGAAUUGGCAUAUUUAUGUGAUUGCAGCAGCCCUGGACUAUUUAUUUCUGGAUGUCCCAUACAUGAAAAAUAUGCACUUCUUACUGGUACAAUUUUCUUUUGUUUGUUUUUGUUUUUGGUGGGAGGUUUAUUUCACCUGAAUAUAAUUCCUAACUGAUGCACUUAGUAUAUGUCAAUUUUUAUAAAUGCUUCAUGGAUGGUUGAAAUCAAUGUAUUGUAUUCUACAAAUGUCUGCUAGAUCAAGCAAAUGUGUUUAAAAACCAUCUACACAUUUAUAAAUGUUGAUCUGUGAUCUAGCAUUUAUUGAGAGAGGUAUGUUAAACUCUCCCACCAUGAUUAUGUAUUGCUGAAAAAUCUUUGUCAUUCUGUCAGUUUUUAAAUUUAUGUAUAUACACACAUAUAUAUGUUUUGAAGCAAUGAAAUUAAAUAUAGAUACUGACAUUUUUUACAUUUCCAACAAA